UUCCUCUUCUCUCUACCUUCUUCACCUCUUCUCUCUUCAACACCAGAUUCAAAUUUCUAUCAAUCUCAGACAUGUCUCUCUUCAACACCUCCGUGCCGGAAAACUCCACCACCAGCUGUACUUCAACCCCAAAACUCAUCCCCACCACCUCAUCACAAAAUAACCCUUUUUCCUUAUCUCUGUACCUUUUCCCUUCUCUCUGCAUCUCCAUUCUGCCAGUGUCAUUGGGGUUCCCGGCGGCGGAGCAGUUGCCGGUGACAGGAUGUGCGGCCAUGGAAGCUUCUGAUCAACCCAUUUUCUUGCCGGCUUCCUAGAUCUCGUCCACCCAAACGCUUUUCCCAGAUCUGGUUCGUUCGGAGAAGCCAGAUCUCCUUUCCCGACUCCAUCUUCCUCACCCUUUGAUGGCGGCGCAAACCACCAACGCACUCCCAUUGUUGCGGCUGAAUGGAAUCAAACGCUCGGCGUUGAAGGUGGAUGAAGGAACGACAACAACAGCUUUGAGAAGCAUGUUGUGUGUGUUCGUUUGUUCAUUCAGGAUUGUAAGAGGAAGGGAAGCUUCAACAUGAAUUCAUCCAAGGCUACAGUUCUUCUUUUUCUCUGUUUACAAAUUUUAUGAUAUGUCCAAAUGGUUUGAAGGUCUGGAAAUGUUAUUACUGAGGGUGUGGAUCUGGGUAAAAAUAAAAACUUUGAUGUUGGUGGAAGGAGAUGGAAGCAAAACACAGAAAUUUUGAAUUUUGAUUAACAGAGGAGAAGUUGGUUUUCUGGGUAAGAAGAGAAAGAAGUGAAGAAGAAGAAGAAACAGAUCUGAUUUUGGUUGUGGAAAUCUUCCCCUGAGAUCUCUCCAGAAUAAGAGAUUAGGUUGUAAUUUUAACCCUAAAUUUAUUUUGAAGGAAAAAGGAAAGGUUUGAUGAUGAGUGAAUUAGGAGAGAUUUCAGGGAAGAAUAAGAUCCUCAACGGAUUUUUAACCCUAAAUUCUUUUUUUUUUUUGAAAUAUUGAAUAAUAAUUAACCUAAUCCUCAUUAACUAAUUUACUAAUUUUUAAGUUUUUUGAUUUUUUUUUAAAAAAACCUGCUGAACCUGCUACCAUAGGUCAAAAGGCACUUGUGUAACCUUACACAAGCUUCUAUUUGUGUAUGCUAAAUUCCUCCGGAAAGAAGGUGAAUUUGGGUUGACUUUCCAUUUCCAUGAGCUGAUAAACUGAAUUAGUAAUUAGUAAAUGGUGGUAAAAAGUUAAAAAGAAAAUUUGACUGUUGACUUUGUACUGUUCCCACCUCAGACACAGGUCAACAAUUGCAAUCUGCUACCGGCAACCGCUGUUGAUUAACCCACAAGACCAAAAUCCCAACCGCACGCACUGUUGUUUCCAUUUUCCUCUGCUCCUGAAGAAAAGUACCAGAAUCAUCAACCAAAUCUCAAUAUUGUUCAGUUUCGAUCGAUCCAAGUUCCAAACAAACAACAUGAGCGAGGUUUUCGAAGGGUAUGAGCGCCAGUACUGCGACCUCUCUGCUAAUCUCUCCCGCAAAUGCAGCUCCGCGUCUCUUGUUUCUGACCUGGAACAGAAGCAACAAAAGCUUUCUGAGAUCAAAGCUGGACUAGAUGAUGCCGAUGUUCUGAUUCGGAAGAUGGACCUCGAGGCGAGAAGUUUGCAGCCGAGUGUAAAAGCAAUGCUUCUUGCAAAGUUGAGGGAAUACAAAUCCGAUCUAACCAAGUUGAAAAAAGAAUUUAAAAGGUUAACAUCUCCUAGUGCUGAUCAGGCUGCCCGUGAAGAUUUGCUGGAGGCUGGAAUGGCAGAUGCACAUUUGGCUUCUGCUGAUCAGAGAGAAAGAUUAACUAUGUCGGUGGAGAGAAUAAAUGAUUCGAGUGAGAGAAUUAGGGAGAGCCGAAGAACCAUUCUGGAGACUGAAGAACUCGGCGUCUCGAUCCUCCAAGAUUUACACCAGCAGCGUGAGACUCUCCUGAGCUCCCAUAAAAGGCUUCAUGGGGUAGAUGAUGCUAUUGACAAGAGUAAGAAGGUUUUAACCACCAUGUCUCGCAGAAUAACUAGACACAAAUGGAUCCUUGCAUCUGUGAUUGGAGCUCUUGUUUUAGCUAUAGUUGUGAUUCUAUUUUACAAGCUAUCCCAUUAGCUAAUCGGGGCAAGAUACGACAGGAUUCAAGCAAUGUUUUAUACUUGUAUGUGAUUGGUUGUAUAUAGGAAUUAUAUGUGAUGUUGGUCACAACCCUGCAAUUGUUUCUUCAUGGUUAUUCUUAUGAUUGGUGAAGUUUCCUUUGAUAUCUUGCUUUCCAUUUGAACUGGAAGAGCGUUAAGUUCACGUGUGUACUCAGUUUUUUGACAUGAUGCAUUGCUAGGCUGCUAGCAUUUUUGAAAGUUAAUAAUUUCCAAUUUUUAGUGC